AAAAAAAAUGAAAUUUUAAAUAGCAGUAGUGGUGGUGGUGGUGAUGAUGGUGGAUCAACAUCAACAAUACCAUCAUCAAAUAUUGCUUCAACAAAUUUAGCAAUGCCAGUAAGAAAAUCAAGAAGACAAAUUGCACAAAAACAACAAUCUAUUGAAGUGAAUAUUGAUAAUAAAAAACAAAAUGGUGAAUUGCUAGGAGGUAAUAUUAAAUCAACUAAAAAUAUAGAAAAAAAUAAAAAUACAAAUCAAGUAUUAACAAAUAAUAUUGAUAGUGUUGGUGUUGUUGAUGAAGCAGUACCAAUAAUAGUACCAAGAAAACGUGGAAGACCCAGGUUAUCUGGUAAUCGUAAUACAAAUAAAAUCAUUUCAUCAAAUGAUAAAAAUAGCAUUAUUAAAACUGAUGAUAAUUUAACAAAUUCGUCUAAUAAUGAUAGUCAAAAAAUUAUUGAUAAAUUGGUAGAUAAUUUAGAAACAACACCAACAGAAAUUCAAACAACUGAAAUAAUUAAUACAGAUUCAAAAAAUAUAUCAAAUGAUAAUGUUAUUUUAAAUAAUUCUGAUGAAAUUGUUACUAAUAAUGAUGCUGAGAUUGUCAACGUUGGUAAUGAUGUCAUUGAAGAAGAAAUAGUUGCAGAAGAGACAGUGGUAUGUGAAGAAAUGGAAGUUGAAAUUGAUAAUGUUGUUGUUGUUAAUAAUGAUGAUGAUGAUGAUAAUAAUGAUAUUAAUACAGCAAGUGAGCAAUAUAUUGAUAAUGAUAUUGGUUGUGAGCAAGUUGUUGUUAUGGAUGAAUCUCAUUUUGAAGAACAAGUAGAAGUAGAAGUAGAAGAUGAUAAACAAGAAAAUAACGUUGUUAUAUUAAUUGAUAAUGAAAUUGAUACAAUGGUAACAAAUACUGAAGAUGUUGUCACAACAAAUGAUUAUGAAAUUAUUGAAGAAGGUGUUGAAUGUUUAACUGUCAAUGAUAAUCAUCAUGAUUCAAUUGAUUAUUUACAAAAUAAUAAACAAAGUGAUAAUAAUACUGUUAAUGAAUCUCAAUUAAAUUUAAUUGAUAAAAUUAAUAAUGAAAUUAUUGUAGCUGAUAAUUCUGAUAAUCAAUUAAUAGAAGAAAAUUGUCAAUCACAAAUAACAGAAAAAUAUAUCAAGGAUAAUGAUAAAAAUAAAAAAGUUGUUAGUAGUAAUAGUAGUAGUUGUAGUUUAAAUGAUUAUAAAAAUAUAAUUGAUAAUGACAAUAUGAUUAUUGAUAAUUUAGGUGUUCAUGAUUCUUCAACAAUACAAACUUUACCAAAUAAUAAUUAUGAUGAUGAUGAGGAGGAUGAUACAUCUAGUAAAAUAAUAACUCAAGAAAUUUAUAACAAUGAUGAUAUUAUUGUUGAAACAACAACAGAUGAAAUUGUCGAAAUAAAAACAGAUGAUGGUGAUGAUAAUAAUAUAUCAACAGAUUGUGCCAAAAUAAAUGAAAAUUCAAUUGAAUAUUCAGACUAUCCACAAGAUACAAAUGAUGAAGAAUCACGUGAAAGUGAAAUAACAAUGAUGAUGGAUAAUAAAAAUAAUGAAAAUGAUACAAAAUUAUUAUAUUGUAGUAAUAAUAAUAGUGCAAGUGAUAAUAGCAAUGAUAUAACAUUAUCAAAUAAUAAAAUUGAUGAUUCAAAUGAAUUAAAAAAUCAUCAAAAUCAAAAUGAUUGUGAUAAAAAAUGUAGUGAAUUUCGUAAUCGUAGUGGUAGUACUGAUACAACUGGAUCAGAUAAUGGAUCAAAUUCAUCUGGUAUUAGAAGAAGUAGUAGAAUACGUUCACAAGGUUUAAUGAAACAAAGAUCACGUGGUCGAGGACUUGUUACAAAACCCAUUGCUGAUGUUACAAAAGCAAUGCAAGAACGUGAAACAAUAACAAGUUGUAGUAGUAGUAGUGGUGGUAUUGCUGGUGGUAGUAAUAAUAGUAUUAUAAAUAAUCAAAAAAAAGAUACAAUAAUAACAUCAACAUCACAAGAUAAUUAUUACAAUAACAAUACAUCAACAACAACAUCAUCAUUAUCAGAUGUACAAUUUGAUAUACAAUCUGAUAAGGAAAAUAAAAAAUUGACAUCAUUAGACACUACAUUAUUAAAUACUACAACAUCAACAUCAACAAUAGUAUCAACACAAAUAAUACCAACAACAACAAUAUCACCAUUAACAAUAUCUAGUAGUAGUAGUUUAAUUGGUUAUGAAUCUGAUACAACAAAACCAGUUAAAGUUAAAUCACGUUGGCGAAGAUCAAGUGAAUUAGAAAUGUGUGGUAGUACAAUUGGUGGAUACAAUAAAUCAUCAACAACAUUUGGCAAUAUAAUAUCUGAUAAUAGUAAUAGUAUUGGUACUGCAGGUACUUUAUUAACAUCAAUUGAUAAUAAUACAGCUAUGAUAACAUCUUGUGAAGAUACAGCAAAAAAUUCAAUUAUAAAAAAUGAUGAUAAUAAUAUUAUUGAUGAGAAUAAUUGUAAUGUUGUUGAUCAACAAAAUCAUCAGCAGCAGCAUAAUAUUAAAUCAAAUGAUGAUAAAACAUCAACAGUAUUGUCAAUGAUAAAAGAAGAAGAGAUCGAUUAUGAAUUGCAAGAAAGACUUCGUCAAUUUGAAAGAAUAAAAGAAAAUUUAUAUUUAACUGAAAGAUUUACAAAUAAAGAAACAAAAAGAAUGGUUUGUGAUUGUUUUUUAACAGAUGAAGAUAUUGAAAGAGGUGAACUUGGUUGUGGUGAAGAUUGCUUAAAUAGAUUAUUGAUGAUUGAAUGUGGUUCAAGAUGUGUUGUUAAUGAUCGAUGUACAAAUAAACGUUUUCAAAGAUGUGAAUAUUCAAAAUGUCAAGUAUUUAGAACUGAAAAAAAAGGUUUUGGUUUACGUGCAACAAAUGAUAUAUUAGCUGGUGAAUUUAUCAUGGAAUAUGUUGGUGAAGUACUAAAUCCAAAAGAUUUUCGUCGACGUGCUAAAGAUUACUCAAAAGAUAAAAAUAAACAUUAUUAUUUUAUGGCACUUAAAUCAGAUCAAAUUAUUGAUGCAACAACAAAAGGUAAUAUAUCACGUUUUAUAAAUCACAGUUGUGAUCCAAAUUCAGAAACACAAAAAUGGACAGUUAAUGGUGAAUUGAGAAUUGGAUUUUUUAAUCGUCGUUUUAUUUCGGCUGGUGAAGAAAUAACAUUUGAUUAUCAUUUUCAAAGAUAUGGAAAAGAAGCACAAAGAUGUUAUUGUGAUGCACCAAAUUGUCGUGGUUGGAUUGGUGAUACACCUGAUGAAGAAAAAAGCAAAAAUAAAAAAAAUAAAAAUAAAAAUAAUAAAGCACAUACUGAUUAUUUAAAAACUAUUAUAACAUCAUCAUCAACAUCAUCAUCAUCAUCUGGCUCAGAAUCAUCAUCACCAUCAUCAUCAGUUUCAUCAUCACCAUCAGUAUCACCAGUAGCUUCACGUUCACCAUCACCUGUACCAUCACCAUCUCCAUCACCUUCACUUGUAUCAUCUACAAAAUCAUCAUCAUCAUCAAUAAAAUCAACAUUAACAUCAGCAAUUGCAGCAGUAACAGCAGCAACAAAACCAAAAAGAAAAACAAAAACAACAGCUACAGCAACAACAGUAGCAAAAACAAAGAAAGCAACAACAACAACAACAAGAAAAAAGAAAGAAAUUAAAACAUCAUUUGUUGAAGAUGCAGAUUUAGAUGAAGAAAUUGAUAAACUUUGUGCAAUUGGAUUAAAAAAUCGUGCUCAUACAUUAAAUCUAAGUCGUUUAAUGGUACGUAGUCGUGAAAGUGAGCAUAGAAAUCGUUUAUUAAAAGUUAUACAAAAUGGUGAGCCAGCAUGUCGUAGAUUAUUCCUUGAUUAUCAUGGUUUAAGAUUAAUAUGGAGUUAUAUGAUGGAUGUUGGUGAUUCAAAUACAAAACAAAUACAACAAUUUAAAUUGGAAUUAUUAAAAACAUUAGAUACACUGCCAGUUCCAAAUAAAACAAUGCUUAUGGAUAGUAAAGUAUAUGGUGUUGUACAAAAAUGGUCAAUUAAUCAAAUUACUAAUAAUAAUGAUAAUAAUGAUAAUAGUAAUAGCAAUAAUAAUAUUAAUAAUAAUGAAGAUGAUAAUAAAAUUGAAGAAAAAUCUGAUGAUGUUAAUGAUGUUAAUAAAUGUGAUAAUAAAAUUGAUACAUCAUUACCAUCAGAUAUGGAAAUACAAAUGCAAGUUGAUAAUUUAAAUGAUGUUGAUGAUGAUCAAAUUAAAAAUACAACAAAUGACGGUGUUUCUAAUAAUAAAAUAAAUGAUAAUAUUGAUAUUGAUAAUGAUAAUACAAGCCAAAUGAUUGUUGAUUUGGCAAAUAGUAUAUUAAAUAAAUGGUCAAAUUUAAAAGAAGUAUUUAGAAUACCAAAAAAAGAAAGAAUUGAACAAAUGAAAGAACAUGAACGUGAAGCUGACAGUGGUUAUAUUAGAGAAGACAUUGAAAAAGAAGAACGUAGAGAAUCAUAUGAAAGAACAAGAACAGAUAGAUACAGUGGAAGACGAGAUGAUAUAUCAUCAUUAACACCAACAUCAUUAUCAACAACACUAAUAUCAACAAUACCAAAAGAUCGUGAUAAAUGUGAACGACGUAAUGGUAUUGGAAUUGGUGGUGGUAUUGGUGUUGUUGGUAUUGGUGGUAUUGGUAUUGGUGGUACUAGUGGUAUUGGUAGUGGUAUUAAAGGUCGUGAUAGUCCUGAUUUAGAUGUUUUAUAUCGUAAUAAUAAAGAUAAACGUAAUUCUGAUGAAAGAGGAAAUCUUGUAUCAAUACCACGUUUAUCAAAAUAUGAAAGAAGACAAUUAUUUGCACUUAAAGUUGCUAAAGAAGAAGAAGAAGAAAGAUUAAGAAAACAACAACAAAAUAUGUGGCAAGAACAUGAAAAACGUUGUGUUGCAUUAGGUAUUGAUCCACAUACAACAGCUGCUAUUGAUCCACAAACUGGUUAUCCAUUAUAUUAUAAUACAUCAAUUGGUCAAUGGCAAUCAUCCUAUCAUCAUUCAUCAACAAAACAAUCUGUUCAAGAAACAAGUGAUAUUAUACCAUCACCAUCAUCACUACCACCACCAGCAACACCAUCACAAUCAAAAACACAAUCAUCAUCAUCACAAUGUAAUUCAAUUUAUAUGACAACAAAUACACAACCAAUUAAUGCACCAUCAAUACCACCUCAUUCUCAUCCUCAUCAUCACCAUCAUCAUCAUCACCAUCAUCAUAAUCCUCAUCAUCAACAUCAUCACCAACAACAACAGCAACAACAGCAGCAACAGCAACAGCAACAGCAGCAGCAGCAUGCUUCAACUAAUUUAUUAGCUUAUGAUAAUAUUAAUCAUCAACCAGUACCAACAACAUAUCCAACAUCAUUUACUAAUAAUUUAAUAACUUUACAUAAUAAUUCUGGGCCAAAUGGUGCUGCUAUUAAUAAUACAUCAAUACAACCUAGUCAUCAUCAUCACAAUACGUAUUCAGCAAAUACAAAAUUAUUAUUAGAUAAACCAUCAACCAUCACAGAUUUACCAGUAUCACCAUUAACACUAAAAAUUGAAAAUAAUCAACAACAACAACAAUCAAUAGAAGAAGAAGUACCUCUUGUAUUGGAUCUUCCACCUAAAUGGAAACAUGCCAAAGAUUCACGUGGUAGAAUAUAUUAUUAUCAUAUUAAAGAAAGAAUUCCACAAUGGUUACCACCAUUACCAAUUCACAUUGGUGUACAACCAGAUGAUUCAAGUUCAACAUCAGAAUCAAGUGAAGAUGAAUCAAGUGCCUCAGAUGAUAAUACUGAUGAUAUUAUAUCAUAUGAUAAUAUUGAUAAUGAUGAUAAUGAUAAUCUUGAUAAUGAUAAUGGUGAUGGUGGUGAUGAUGAUGAUGAUGUUAAUAUGAUUGUUGAUGAUAAUAUAUUAGAAACAGUUAAAAUUGUUAAAAAAAUAAAAACAAGAAAAUUAUUAAAUUGUAAUUUAAAGUCUAAAAAAAGACGUAUUGGACUUGUUCAAGAAAGAAUAAUAAGUCCAAGAAGAGAAGAAGAUCGUGUUGAUCAUAAAAAAUAUAAAAGUAUAAAAGAUAAACUUCGUCGUCAAAAAGAACAACGUGGUAAAUCUAAAGAAAAUAUACAUGAAAAAGUUAAAAAACAUAGACGUGCUAAUAAAUCAAAAUCACAUGCAAGACAUACUGCUAUUAAAUUACAAACAAUUGCACAAUCAAAUGAACUAUCAGCUGAAAGAAAAAUUAAGGAUACAUUUAGAAUAAAUAUGGCUAAUGUCAUUGUCAGAUUUUUGAAUCCUCAUCGACAAAGUGAUUGUAAACAAGGACGAAUAACAAAUACAGAUGAUUUUAAAUUUUUAGCACGAAAGUUGACACAUUUUGUUCUUGCUAAAGAAUUAAAACACUGUAAAAGUGUUGAUGAAUUACAGUGUAAUGAAAAUGUUAAACACAAGGCCAAAGAUUUUGUACGAAAAUACAUGAAUAAAUUUGGACCAGUAUAUCAACGAUCAUCAGAUGAAGAUUAUUAAUUGGCAGUAUCAUUAUGUUUAUAUAAAAUCAUUAAGAAAGUAAAUAAAUAAUUGUUUUCAAAAAUUUAAUUUUAUUAUUUAUACUACAGAAUAAUUAUAACAAUGAAAAAAAGAAAGAAAAAAAAAAUAAUUUGCCAUUAAAUAAUUUCAACUUUUUUAAUUGUUUAUUUAUACUAUUUAAAUUAAUUAUUAAUGAAUUUUUUUUUCAAUGAUUAUUAAUUUAUAAAUGAAUUAUUAAUCAAUUUUUUAUUUUAAAAAAAUAUCAUUAUUAUGAUUACAAUAGCUAUAUUAUUAUUUAUAUUUUAUAUUUUUUUUAUUUUUCAAGUUUUGUAAAUAAUUAAAUUGAUUACUAGCUAAAGUUUAUUAAUCUCAAUUCAAAAUAUAAAUUUACAUAUACAAAAAUUGCUCAGAAUUAAUAAACGAAUGAAUGCAUGGAAUUAUUUUCGAACAUGAAUGUGAAAAAUUGUAAAACAAUAAUAAAUAAAAUUAAAAUAUUAAUAUAAAUAUAUUUUUAUUUAUUUAUAAAGACAAGCAGCUGUUCCAUGUUGUACUGUGAUUGUAAAAUAUUUUAUUAAUUAUCUCACUCCUCACA